AUAAAUUAAAACUGGCUGCUGAUAAAACAAACGUGGUGGUCAUGACCAGGAAACUGAAUCCACCAACCAUACCGCCAAUUAUUGUCGAUAACAACGAGAUCGAGUUAAGUGAUAAAAUGAAAAUCCUGGGUAUAAUCAUCGACAAAAAAAUGGACUUUAGACCACACGUACAUUAUAUCGUUGAUAAAGCAACCCGAAUCUUUCGACAAAUUCUUGGCAUGGCGAGAUCCAAAUAUGGUUUGGGCUGUAAGGUGAUACAUCAGCUGGUCCAGUCCGUCAUUGCGCCGAUUUUAAUGUACGGUAGUGCUGUUUUUAUGAAGGCCAUGAAAUUCAAAGCAAUCCAAGAUGAAAUCCGUCGGCUCCAAUGUCCCAUGGCUCAAUUGGCUUGUAAAUCAUAUCGCACUGCCGCUUUUAUUUCAACCACCGCGAUCACUGACAUGAUGCCAUUCUAUCUACAAAUUCUCGAGCGUGGAAUAAUUAAUCUGGCCAAAAUUCGUCGUAGUUUUCAAAUUUCGCAUGACGAAUGGUUGGAAGUGGAUGCACCUGACGAAUCUGAAAUUGAUCCCGGAUCUAGACCAAUGAUUUUAACUGGUGAUGCUACGGUGGUGCCGGAGUAUUAUGUUUUUACCAAAACAACGAAAACCAGGCGAGGUAUAGGCUGCAGUAUAGCUUUUUGCCGUGGCCAAUCAAUUAUUGACACGAUGGUAUACCGACUGCCCAACUAUUGUUCCUUGUUGCAAGCGGAUCAUUUGGCCAUACUACAAGCAACAAGAUGGGUCAACACUAACUGGCCGCAUCGGAAUCCGACCUACGUGGUGAACAACAACCUUGGUGCACUGGUCCAUCUAAUGAAAAAAGAUGCCAACAAAAUUGAAAACCUGGCGAAGAAAAUUCUUAGCUCGUGUACAAACAAAGUGGCAAUCGUAUGGAGAAAAGCGGACCGUGCCGAUGAUAUUUACCGAAAAUGUAAAAAGAUCGCCAAACGAAUUGCCAAUUCUAAUCACUCGUUCGUUUACAAAUUGAUUCCAAUGGCCAAUGUCAAGAGAAUAACACAUACAAACAUUCUCUCAGAAUGGGACGAAAUGUAUCGGACGAAUAAAUUUGGAACCACCGUGAAAUUAAUCUGCCCUACUGUUGGUAAUGCUAGGCAGUUUGCCCCAUUUUCGAACUUUUGGUUAUCACAAACGUUGACAGGCCAUGGGCAAUUUGGUGAACAUUUAAAACGUUUUGGCUUUAUUGAUGAUGCAAAAUGUCCUUGUGGUUAUCCAAAUCAAAGUGUGCUCCAUAUGAUAAAUGAUUGUUCCCUGGCCAAUCGAUUACGAAGUGAUUUUAUUGCGGCAAAAAGAAGGGCAAUCAGUGAUAAUGAACGACUAAAAAUUACCGCCACUUUUUAUGAACAACUGGCCAUGAUGGUUGACAUGUAUCGAUCCAAUCUUCACCGGCAAAUGAUCUACGAUACACAUGAUUGAUCCACUGGCAAAUGUAAACAAUGAAUGGUAACAUAGUUACCUUAUGAAACAACAGAUGGCAGCACUAUCGACAAAAACAAACAAAAAAA